AUGGUGUACAAGUCGUUGACUGACGUUCCUCACAACCUCAAGGAGGGUAUUGACUGGUUGGUCGCCCUGAGGGGAGCUGAUGCUGAAAAGAACUUGGCGGCUAUGGGUGCUGCAGUUUACAAAUUUCUCGCAGACAAACCUGUUGGCAAGAUGGAACAUCAAGCUCUCGAGAAAAUAAAACUUAUUUCUAAGGAGUUCCUGGAAAAACCGGAGCUUAAGGAGAUGUGGCCCGCCAAUGAGCUGUUGAGGAGAUUCAAGGGGCCUAUGAGUAAAAAAAGACCCGGUUGUCUCGCUAGCUGCUUUGGAAGUACACUUGAAAGUGAUUACAAGAACGUCGUGCAGACCAAGGGUCUCACUGCUGAAACUAUCGCAAAGAAAUUAGGUAAAGUCGUGAAUGGUUGUGAGAAGUUCUUAGAAAAGAUAAAAAGUCCUGAUGAGUACAAGUCUUCUUACAGUUCAGAGGCCACGUGGGAGGCAUCAUGCGCAAAGGACCCGGAGGCCUGCGCAGUGGUACUGGUGGGGAUUGCGCCGAUGCUGUACACGGGUUUACGUUGUUUGCGCAAGGCAAGUUAUGAUGCAACGUUGGCAGGGGUACCGUAUGUGAGGUGUACUAUGCUAGGAUGUGUAUUGAAAGCUGUGGGUUACGAGAGGUCGGAAUGCUGCGCUAAAAUUAGUGGUUCUUAUGUCUUCAAGGCGUUGGGCAAUGUGAAAUUCCAAAUGUUGGUGACGCUAUACGACCUCGCUGGAUUCUGGGCGUUCUAUUGA